CUCCUGAAGAUGAAAACUCAGAGAAAAUGAAAUGGUUCAAUGAUCACGUUAGUUUAUCCACCGUAGGCCUUUAAACAGACAGGACCGGCCCUGCCCGUAGUUAUAACUCCAAUCAACUUCAAAGAGUGAUCAUAGUGGCACAAGAUUCCUAAACCUCGAGCAAGGAGGAAGAGGCACAUUAUGAAGACAAAGAAGCCAUUGUCAGCACUCAAACUCUCCAUUCCUACUGAAGGGACCAACAUUUCCAGCUUCCUGACCGCCAGUGGGACAUUUCACGAUGGAGACUUGCUUUUGAAUCAGAAAGGUCUCAGAUUAGCUUCCCUCGAGAAUGAAUCUCUGCCUUCAGAAACAAAGGAGAUUGACCUUCAGUUCUCUUUGGAAGAUCUUGAGACAAUCAAAGUAAUUGGAAAGGGAAGUGGGGGUGUAGUUCAACUUGUUCGCCAUAAAUGGGUUGGCACUUUGUUUGCUUUGAAGGUUAUUCAAAUGAAUAUACAAGAGGAAAUUCGUAAACAAAUUGUGCAAGAGCUGAAAAUAAACAAAGCAUCACAGUGUUCACAUGUAGUGGUUUGCUAUCACUCUUUCUAUAACAAUGGAGCUAUUUCUUUGGUGUUUGAGUACAUGGAUCGCGGAUCACUGGCAGAUGUAGUAAGACAAGUUAAGACCAUUCUCGAACCAUAUCUCGCAGUUGUUUGCAAGCAGGUCUUGCAAGGGCUUGUCUACUUGCAUCAGGAGAGACAUGUAAUCCACCGAGACAUUAAACCUUCAAAUCUGCUUGUGAAUCACAAAGGAGAAGUUAAAAUUACAGAUUUCGGUGUGAGUGCAAUGCUUGCCAACUCUGUGGGUCAAAGAGACACAUUUGUCGGGACUUGCAACUACAUGGCGCCUGAAAGAAUUAGUGGGAAAACAUAUGACUAUAAGAGUGACAUCUGGAGUUUGGGCAUGGUGAUUCUUGAGUGCGCUAUUGGACGCUUCCCUUACAUACAGUCUGAAGACCAGCAGAAGUGGCCAAGUUUUAUUGAACUUCUGCAAUCAAUUGUUGGAAGUCCUCCACCUACUGCUCCGCCGGAUCAGUUUUCUCCAGAGUUCUGUUCAUUUGUCUCUGCUUGCAUACAGAAGGACCCAAAAGACAGAUCUUCAGCUUGGGACCUCUUGAGUCAUAGUUUCAUUAAGAAGUUUGAAGACAAGGACAUUGAUCUCAGCAUCUUGUUUGGUAGCCUCGAACCUCCAGUGAAUUUCACACGCUAAUUGUGUUUGUGUGCAAUAUGAUCUUUGUUCCUCUGCACUGAGCCAGUGACUGAGCUUUGUGUGUUGUAUCUUUCUUAAAAAUUUAGUUUCUAUUGUUUUUUAUUUUUUGAUGUGUAAUAUGAAAUAUGUAAUCCCUGAUAUUGCUGUCUUUUUACUCUAUUUUUUAAACUAAAUUAUACGGAGUAUAUAUUUGUACUGCAAUGAGAAUCUUCAACCCUUUUCAGUU